AUUUGAUAUAUGCAUUUAAUCUAUUUAAUUUUUGUUUCAUAAUAAAUUAAUCAGGUUGGUGUCACAAGAACACAAUGUUACUACUGAUCUAUGAGUACAUGUCCAACGGAAGCUUGGACGGUCACAUAUUCUGCUCACCGGAGAAGACGACGCUGGACUGGAAGUUGAGGAGCAAGAUCAUAUUGGUAGUCGCCUCCGCCCCCCCACUACCUCCACAACGAGUGCGACCAACGGGUGAUCCACCGCGACCUCAAGGCCAGCAACAUCAUGCUCGACUCCAAUGUCAACGCACGUCUCGGGCGACUUCGGCCUAGCCCGCGUCCUGGAUAACGAGAAACCUCCUAUGCCGAAUUGAAGGGAGUUCCCGGGACCGUCGGGUACAUUGCCCCUGAGUGCUUCCAUACCGGUAAGGCCACCUGCGAGUCCGACGUGUACGGCUUUAUCGAGGUGUUGCUGGAGGUGGUGUGCGGUCAACGACCCUAUACGAAAGUGGGGGAAUUCCAGCGGUUGGUUGACUGGGUAUGGUCCCUUCACCGAGAAGGGCGGAUUCUCGAGGCAGUGAAUAAGAGGCUGGAGAAUGAUUAGGUGGUGGAGGAAGCUGAGCGGCUGUUGCAACUGGGUCUAGCGUGUUCCCACCCCAUCGCCAGGGAACCGCCCAAGACGGCAGUGAUUCUUCAGAUCUUAAACGGAUCAAUGGUAGUGCCCCCUGUUCCGCCCUUCAAGCCUCCUUUCGCGUGGCCUUCCAUGCCCGAACCAGGAAGCGUAAGUAUCACCACCAACAGCAUGAUAAACAGCGCUGACACCACUCUAGAUGUCGGGCAUCUAAAUGAAGAGAACUUCAAGUGCCCAAAUGAAACUGUAUAUAGGAA